UAUGGCAACUUGGAGAGCCUUAAUGUCACCUUCUAGGAAUGUUUCAAUAUAAGAAUCGAAUUAGGAAUCUAGUGACAAUAGGAUUCACACUUAACUUAAGGGAAGACAUGCUAAAACUAUUACAUAGAGUACUAAUAUUUCACAUCAGAAGCAGACCACAAAAAGAUUGCACUCAAAAUCGAUAGAUGUCGAUAAAGCAUUUAUCUAAUCAUCGUCAGAUAAUUUGUUGGAAGUAAUAAAAUUGGCUAUUUGUAGGAAAUUAAUGUAGUAGACGAAUAAUCUCAUUUGGGUGAGAUAAAAGAGCUGUUGAUGAUGAAUUAAAUUUAAUUACAAAAUCUAAAUGAGGAAAUUGAUAAAUUUGAUUAUAAUUAAAGACAAAUUAAAGCAUUAUAAAAAUAAAUUUUGUUUUAGAGAAGGAAGUAUAAUUUAUUAAUAAAUUCAAAAAUAAAUGAUUGUAAUAAGAAGUUGUAAUAUAUUUAAUGCAAAUUACAACCAAAUUGUUGA